UUUCUCAUCGAUGUCAGGGUUACAUACAUUGCUCCUGCAGCCUAGUUCCCUUGAUGAGACAUUCUACUCAACCUUUGCUCAAACUGCACCAUCUUCCAAGAUUGAGAAGCUAUGGGUACAGGAUAUGGGAGAUAUAAGUCCUCUCGCGUCACAGUGCCUAGCUAAGGUUGUCUCCUCUCUACCCUGCCUUCAAACUCUCAGACUGGAUAGUAACCAUAGCAACCUAGGAGAGGAGUACAGCUUUGCAUUGACCAUCUCAUCCCUCCUUGGAAAGGUGAGGAUCAGUACCUUCAUAUUGUUUGAGAUCAAGGUCACACUACAAGCAAUACGGACUAUCCUCUCCCUUGAAACCAUGCGUGAGCUCAGGAUGAUGGGAGUCAUAGUCGGCAGCAAUGACGACGACGAUGACGACGACGAUAACGAUGACCACGAUGAUGAUAAUGGCGAUGAUGAUAAUAACGACGACGGUGAAAGUAUCGAUGUUGAUGUCGAUGAUGACGAUAAAGAUGACGAUGGAGACGGUGGUGGUGACGAGGGCAUGAGUGACGCUGGUGUCACUCAAGGCGAAGAAUGUUGCUCUACUAUGACGGCCUUGGAUUUGGAAGGAUCUCUAACAAGCAAGUUGGAGGUUCUAGCCUUAGAUGACGAGUCUAUACCCUCUGUGCUAGCGAGUGGUAUCCAUACCAUGUGUCCUCAUGUUCAAAGACUUCAUCUAGAGUUCACCCAUGAGGAAAUCACUCAAGAGCAUGUCGAGAUCAUCAAGGAGUUCCCCAAGACAAAACACCUUUCGCUCAAGGCGUACAUAGAUCCACUCCUGCCCGCUGAGCCGCCUAUGCAAGUAUCUUUGGAUCAUCCUCUCUGGCUGUGUAGAGCGCUGGAAGAUUCCACCAACCUGCGCAGACUAUCAAUUAGCGAUAUCACUAUAGGAGAUGAGAAUGCGGGAUCGAUACUCCGCAGUGCGAGGCGUCAUGGUCAACUCGAACAUCUGACGUAA